UGCUUGCUAGAAUAACCAAUGGGAUCACUCAAGUGCUGAAAUUAUUUCAGGGUAGAGCAUUCACAUGUGAAUUCAAAUAUGAUGGUCAACGCGCCCAGAUUCAUAGACUAGCUGAUGGAUCUGUAAAAGUUUUUUCACGACAAAUGAAAGAAACAACAGCAAGAUUCCCUGAUUUGAUAAAUAUAAUCAAAGAAUUUUGUAAACCUGCUGUUUCAACUUUCAUAAUAGAUGCUGAGAUUGUUGGAGUUGAUAGGAAGAUUGGGAACAAGCUAAUGUCUUUCCAAGAGCUAUCAUCACGAGAACGAGGUAGUAAAAAUUCUUCAAUAUCCAUGGAUAGCAUCAAGGUUGACAUAUGCAUCUUCGUCUUUGACAUCAUGUUUUUUAAUGGGGAACGGUUGUUGGCUUAUCCAUUACGCCAAAGGAGGAAUUACUUGAAAGAUUUGUUCCUUGAAGAAAAGUUGGGUUACUUGGAAUAUGCCAAGGAAUUCACUGUGGAGUCUGAUGAGGCUGGCCGCAGUGAUGAGAGCACAUUGAGUAGAAUAACGUCAUUUUUCCAGGAUGCAUGUAGCUCUUCAUGUGAAGGAAUAAUGGCGAAAUCUCUCGAUGUGGAUGCCGGAUAUACUGCAUCAAAGCGGAGCGAUGCCUGGCUAAAGGUCAAACGUGAUUAUAUUGAAGGAGUUGGUGAUAGCCUUGACUUGGUCCCAAUUGGUGGUUGGCACGGGAAUGGCCGGAAAGCGGGAUGGUAUAGUCCGUUUCUAAUGGCAUGCUACAAUCCUGAUGCUGAAGAAUAUCAAAGUGUGUGCAGAGUGAUGACUGGCUUUACAGACUCAUUUUACAAGGAGAUGAAGGAAUUCUUUUCCGGUGAGAAGAUAUUGUCCAAAAAACCACCAUACUAUCAAACAGAUGAAUCACCUGACCUGUGGUUCUCCCCUGAACUUGUUUGGGAAAUACGCGGGGCUGACUUGACUAUAUCUCCGGUUCACCAUGCCGCAAUGGGUCUAGUUCAUCCAUCACGAGGUAUUUCUGUGAGACUUCCAAGGUAUGUCUGCUCAGUUUUAGAUAGAAAGCCGGAGGAUUGUAGCACAGCGGAGGAUAUUGCUUGCAUGUUUAAUUCUCAGACGCGAAAGAUGAAUGUGAACAAUGAUGUCAAGAGGGAUUGACUAGUAACUAUCAGGCCUAGCAUGUUUAUUCUAGUUGUAAUGGGUUGUGUUUUGCUUGGUUUUGUAAAUUGCAGGAUGUGUGCUUUAUAAAGUUGAUGUAUGUCCUUUUUGUUCUCUUUUUUUCUUCAAUUUAUUGCUCCAUGGAUGAUACCUUCAAACAGUUGGAGCAUAGAGGAAAGAAAGAAAUAGGUUUUGUUAUAUAUUUGUGUGUAUAUGUAUGAAUUAGCGUCUACUCUUAACAUCUUUUAUAAGUUAAACACCGUAUAGUGUUAUAAUCCCUUUAUUGCGGAGGAAAUUUUUUAAAAAUGAU